AUGUCAACCAUUGGGAGUUUUGAAGGAUUGCAGCCUGUGUCUCCGAAGCAAGAGGGAGAUGACCUAAACUCUGAGACUGAUCAGCUGUCCACGGAGGAGGGUGACCCAGGCACUGUCUCAGGGCCAAGGCAGACUUCAAGGCUUCCAAGUGUGACCGAAUCAGCACUCUACCCCAGUCCCUAUCACCAGCCUUAUAUCUCACGGAAGUACUUCAUUACACGGCCAGGGGCCAUUGAGCCUGCCACGGAAGACUUGAAAGGCCACAUUGCCAAGACUUCUGGAGAGAACAUUCAAGGCUUCUGGCUCUCGACAGAGACAGACCACUGGAACAAUGAGGAGAGGAUUUUGCUGGUCACAGACAGGAUUCUCUUGAUCUGCAAAUACGACUUCAUCAUGCUCAGCUGUGUGCGGUUGCAAUGGAUUCCCCUGAGUGCUGUCUAUGGCAUCUGCCUGGGCAAGUUUUCCUUCCCUACAAUGUCACUGGACAAGAGACAAGGAGAAGGCCUUAGGAUGUACUGGGGAAGUCCAGAGCAGCAGUCACUAUUAUCCGGUUGGAACCCAUGGUCCACUGAGGUGCCUUAUGCUACCUUCACUGAGCACCCUAUGAAAUACACCAGUGAGAAGUUUCUCGAAAUCUGCAAGUCGUCCAGGUUCAUGUCUAAGCUUGUUCCAGCUAUCCAGAAUGCCCACAGGAAUUCCACUGGAUCUGGAAGAGGAAAGGGAUUGAUGGUGUUAACUGAACCCGUUUUGAUUGAGACCUACACGGGUCUGAUGUCAUUCAUUGGAAACUGCAACAAACUUGGCUAUUCCUUUGCCCGGGGGAAUGUUGGUUUUUGA